AUGGGUUGCUUGCCGAAGACCCAAACGAUGACCAAGCACCACGGGGACUCCUACCGAACAGCAGGUCCAGCGCGAAAAAUGAAGAGAAGCCCACCACCCGACUCAAGCUGCCCCAGGAACCUUCCUUCAAGCUGUUCCUACCGAACGGCAGGCUUAUGCCUCCCGACUCUCAAGCCCAACUCUUCCUUGCUGAACGAAAAUGACCUUUGUGUGCCGAAGCUGUGUGGUGUUGAAGCCGACUCAAAAUUGUCGAACAGCAAGAGUUAUAAGGAGUUAUUUAUACUCUCCUCCCCAAGCCCUAACACUUAUCCCUACAUUUUGGACUCCCUCACCAAAGGCCCAUCUCUACGUGGCCCAACCCGGCCUCUUGCCAAACCCCAUGCAGCCCACUUGCUGAAGCCAGGAACAAAAGGCUAG